AUGGAGGUAGCGCAUUGGUUCGUACUCAACAAUUGUGAUGAGAUAAUGGCAUACUUAGAUGAGCAUGAGGAGAUGAUGAAGCGAGAACAUCCAUCACAUUUGUAUGCCAAGAAACACCGGGGAGGCGAAAGUACGGACAUUGAUUUCUAUGGCAAACUCUCAACUGUCGUGCAAUUGCUUUACAAAGACCGAUACCAAGUCAUCAUGUUUAAGUGUUCAUGGUUUGAUACAAACCCAAGUAGGCAGGGAAGUGUUAAAAUCAAUCAUGGCUUACUAUCUAUGAACAUUAACAAAACUUGGUAUGAUGACGACCCUUACAUUUUGGCAAACAUGGCUACACAGAUUGUGCAUCUAGAUGACCUUAAAGUAGGGAGCGGUUGGAAAGUUGUUCAGAAGAUGGAUCAGAGGAACGUGUAUGCUAUAUCAGAAAUAGACCCAACCGACAACGUCGCUAACCAUCGCGCAGAAUCUUCAAUUGAAAAUGAUGCAGAAACACUUCGAGAUACAAGUGUUAUACAAGAACUGUUUCCGAUACAAGGAGUCUCAUCAAUUGAAUACCGAUUCAGUCAAUUACAAUUGACCUUGGUGAUCUCCCGCGGUACGAUGUUGCAGUGGGGCACCACAUUGACGAUGAUGUAG